ACCAGCUGAGAGAGAGCCAGAGAAAGCCAGAGAAACAAGACACACGAGCUUCCCAGGGUUCUUGGAUCUGGGGACAGAAGUGAGAUUGGAGAAAGUAGAGCGAUGCCAAGGAGGAAACAGCAGGCACCCAAGCGGGCUGCAGGUUACGUCCAAGAGGAAGAUAUAAAGGAGGAGGAAGAGGAUGAUGAUGACAGUAAUUCAACAGCUCAACUUCAGGGCAGCAAUGAUACUGGCACGGAUGAAGAACAUGAAGUGGGUCCUGAGCAGAAAGGAAGCUUUAGUUACCAGAAUUCUCCAGUAAGUCAUAUAUCUAAUCAGGAUGCGGAAAAUGAGUCCCUGUUAAGUGACGCUAGUGACCAGGUGGCAGAUACUAAAAGCAUUUGCUCUAGAGAGGUGCAGGAUCUGAAAACCAAUACCCACCCCAAAUCUCAGAAUGAAGCACAUGAUUGCAUGGAUAAAAUGACAGCAGUCUAUGCUAACAUACUGUCAGACUCUUAUUGGACAGGCUUAGGACUGGGUCUCAAGUUGUCUAACUCUGAAAGACGGGGCUGUGACAAUAGAAAUGGAGGUAACAAAAGUGACUUUGAUUGGCACCAAGAUGCAUUGUCAAAAAGCUUACAACAGAGUUUACCUUCCAGACCGGUCUCCAAACCAAAUCUUUUCAGUUCAGUGCAGCUCUACAGACAAAGCAGCAAAAUGUGCGGAACUGUAUUCACGGGUGCUAGCAGGUUUAGGUGCAGGCAAUGCAGUGCUGCCUAUGACACCUUGGUAGAGCUAACAGUCCAUAUGAAUGAAACCGGUCAUUACCAAGAUGACAACCGUAAAAAGGACAAGCACAGACCUACUAGCUAUUCAAAGCCCCGGAAAAGGGCCUUUCAGGACAUGGACAAGGAAGAUGCACAAAAAGUUCUAAAGUGCAUGUUCUGUGGUGACUCUUUUGAUUCCCUUCAAGAUCUGAGCGUUCAUAUGAUAAAAACUAAACAUUACCAAAAAGUGCCUUUGAAGGAGCCGGUACCUACCAUUUCUUCAAAAAUGGUCACUCCUGCAAAGAAACGUGUGUUUGAUGUUAACAGACCUUGUUCCCCAGAUUCCACAACAGGAUCUUUUGCAGAUACCUUUUCUCCUCAGAAGAAUGCAAGCCUGCAGUUGUCAUCUAACAACCGCUAUGGCUACCAGAAUGGAGCCAGCUACACAUGGCAGUUUGAGGCCUGUAAAUCCCAGAUUUUGAAGUGUAUGGAAUGCGGAAGUUCACAUGACACCUUGCAGCAACUCACCACUCAUAUGAUGGUCACGGGUCAUUUCUUGAAAGUCACAAGUUCAGCUUCAAAGAAAGGAAAACAACUAGUACUAGAUCCCUUGGCUGUGGAGAAAAUGCAAUCGCUGUCUGAGGCACCAGCCAAUGACACCCAGGUUUCAAAACAAUCCAGCAAUGCAUCUUCGGAUGGCAUAACUGCAUCAGAGCUAAAGAAAGAGGGUAAAAAAGAUAAACCUGAUGAUACAAACAAAGAUGAGAAAGUGGUAAAAACUGAAGAGUAUGAAGAUAUGCUUCAGAAACCAUUGGAUCCUACAAUUAAAUACCAGUAUCUUAGAGAGGAAGAUUUAGAAGAUGGUUCAAAAGGUGGUGGGGAUAUUUUAAAGUCUUUGGAAAACACCGUCACAACAGCCAUCAAUAAAGCUCAAAAUGGAGCUCCUAGCUGGAGUGCAUAUCCUAGUAUCCAUGCAGCCUAUCAGCUCUCAGAAGGAGCAAAGGCUUCCUUACCAGUGGGCUCCCAAGUACUGCAAAUCAGGCCCACAAUUACCAAUAAGUUGAGACCCAUUGCUCCAAAGUGGAAAGUUAUGCCUCUGGUUCCCAACUCAGCAAAUGUGGCCCAGUGCACUCGAGUGAAGAAGGAAAUUGAUGACAAAGAAGUCAUACAAAAAGACUACACUAAAGAGGGCAUCCGAGCUGAAGCUGCUCCACUCUGUCAGAAUGAAAGGGAAUCUCUCCCCAAAUCUGAGGCCCCCGUAGAGCCAAAAAAGACAGAGGCAUGUCCCUUGAAGGAGGAGGAUAAACCAAAAGAAGAUGGUGAGAAAGAAAAAACAAAACCCCAGGAGUCAAUAGCAGCUUCCCUCAGCAAUGGUUGUGUUGCCACAAAUCAUUCUUCUGACUUGCCUUGUGUGAAUCCACUUAGUGCCCUGCAAUCUGUAUUGAAUAAUCACUUGGGCAAAGCCACUGAGCCUUUACGGCCCCAGUCCAAUACCAGUCCCAGCUCGAGCACAAUUUCUAUGUUCCACAAACCUAACUUAAAUAUGCUGGAGAAACCAGUUUUAUCUCCUGCUCCAACCCCACCAAAGCCUGCCAGCAUCUCCAGGCGUUAUUUGUUUGAAAACAAUGAUCAGCCUAUCGAUCUGACCAAAUCCAAAAGCAAGAAAGCCGAGUCAGCUCAAGCACAGUCGUGUACUUCCCCACCUCAGAAACAUGCUCUGUCUGACAUUGCUGACAUGGUCAAAGUUCUUCCCAAAGCUACUACACCAAAACCUGCCGUAUCUUCUAGGAUCCCAUCGAUGAAAUUGGAAAUGGAUGUCCGACGUUUCGAGGAUGUCUCAACAGAAGUCUCCACUCUGCAUAAAAGGAAGGGCAGGCAAUCAAACUGGAACCCUCAGCAUCUCCUGAUUUUGCAAGCUCAGUUUGCUUCCAGUCUUUUCCAAACAUCAGAAGGUAAAUAUUUAUUAUCAGACCUAGGCCCUCAAGAACGCAUGCAGAUUUCUAAAUUUACUGGACUGUCAAUGACCACCAUCAGCCAUUGGUUAGCAAAUGUCAAAUACCAACUUAGGAAAACUGGAGGAACAAAGUUUUUGAAAAACAUGGACAAAGGACACCCAAUCUUUUAUUGCAGUGACUGUGCAUCUCAGUUUAGAACCCCAUCUACUUAUAUUAGCCACUUAGAAUCCCAUCUAGGUUUCCAAAUGAAAGACAUGAACAGACUGGCUGUGGAACAGCAAACCAAGGUAGAACAAGAAAUCUCCAGAGUUUCAGUUCAAAGAUCACCUGAAACAAUAGCUGGGGAAGAGGAUACAGACUCUAAGUUCAAAUGUAAGUUGUGCUGUCGGACAUUUGCAAGCAAACAUGCAGUAAAACUUCACCUAAGCAAAACACACAGCAAGUCACCAGAACACCAUUCACAGUUUGUAGCAGAAGUGGAUGAAGAAUAACUUUUAAGGACAAAUGCCUUAGUUCCAGCUCUCCAGCCCAGGCUUCCUGCACUGAGCCCGUCUCCACGCGUCACUCCACUCCUGACAUUGAACUCCCGACAACCCGGACCGAGAAGACUGCCAAAAACACUCCAGCUAUUCUUCUUCAUCUUCACUAACAAUUUGGUAAUGAAGUAUUGAUUUCCACUCCCCUGCUUAUGGACGAUAUUAGAUUUUCAUUGAUAAACUGCACUGGGGCUGUCUAGUCUCCACUGUCCCUUUUUGCUGUCACUAAAACAAAGUGCCACUGAAGUAAGAUAAUGACUGAGAACACUGAUGUACUUAUUUCAUCAAUUUGUAACACUUGACAGGAAAAAAAAAAGUAUACUUCUUCAUAGUUUAAUGUCCAAGUGUGCUACACAAGAUGCCGUCACACUGGAAGCUUUGCUUUUCAUGGUAAUGUCCAUUCCCUAUUUAUAACCCCUUUGGGAUCGUUUGUCUAAAGGAAAUGUUUCUAUUCAGUGCAGCUAUUACUGUUGCACCUGGGUUGCUCAAUCCAGUCAUUGCACUAGGGAUCAAUACAUCACAGUAAGUAGAAGAAUUAUUAAGUUAAACCAGAUUCUGAGCCAAAAAAACUCUGAACAAUGUUAAUCUUCUGUGCAAGUUGUUCAGAUAAUUAUGUUUAACCAAGUUGCUGCCAAAGAUUUGUUUAAAAUGGAUUAUUUUCAGUUUGUUUUAUUCAUCAGAUAUAUUUUUUUUUUAAAUCUCCAUUACUGCAUAUGACAAGACAUAUGCAAUGGAGUGAUUUUUAAACAAAAGCACUAUUGUUAGAUCAUUGAGCAUUAUCAUAUAUAUAUAUAUAUAUAUAUAUAUAAUAAGAACCAAAUUCAUCUCCAUUACUGUCAAUGGGGUUACUUUGGAUUUAUGCUAUUGCAAAUGAGAUCAGAAUCUGGCCUUCGUACUGUCUGUUGGGCUUGACACAAAGCACAGCUUACUUUUAAAAUCAGCUGAAACCCAGUAGGGUAGGAGGGGAGGGCUUCAAUUUAAAAUUUGUUCCUGGAACUUUUUUCAUUAAAACUUAGAGGUCCCAAUUUUAAUUUGUGGAAUAUUCAUGAUAAUAAUGAGAUCUAAUUAAGACAUCCAUUAAAAGCCCGUUAAAGUUAAUUUAACGUAAAAAUUCCAAUAGAACUGUAUUAGAUUUUCUCCAUUAAAUUAACGUUAUGGAUUUUUAACGGAUGUCUUAAUUAUACAUUAUUAUUAACGGGAAUACUGUAUUACACAGAUUAAAAUCGGGUUCGAAGUCAACUCAGAAAAGCUUCCAGGAUGUUUUAAUAUUACAAACCUCACAUGACUUAGUGCACUGUAUGGAAAAUCAAGCUCAUCAGGCACAGCUCUGUUUACUCUAGCUGAGCAUUUGCUGUACAACUAAAGCAACCUAGAAUAGAUAAAUUCAUCACUGCAUUUAAAGAAUAAAUUUCCUUAUUCUCAAAGGAUAAAUAAGUCUGAAUCAAGAUGUAAACUGCUACUCAAGAUGAAAGAUUUAAAGUAUGCUCGGCACAAAAUUGAGAUGUGGAUCUUUUUUCAAACUGAAGACAAUUUGGGGCAUUGCUUUUUAAUUAUUUUAUUUAGAAUCUGAAGGAUAAAAUAAAAAUGCAGCCAUGGCAAAAUGAAUCUAAAUAGAUUUAUAAUAUUCCUUAUUUCCGAUGCAGGGUGGGCGAUGUUGGAAUUGGUUGGGAAAUUUUGACAUGAUCCCUAAACUCAACAUCGGGAGGGGGACCUUGUUAUUUACCUCCUAGGAAACAUGUUGCCCUUAUACCACAUAUAAUAGCAAAUUGCUUUUUUUAUGGCAUGCAUAACCUAGAUGGGGAAAAAUAUGGCGCUUGAGGGAAGGAGGGAAAAAGUAAAUGAAGUUCCAGGAAUGUCAUUCUGAAGUAAUGAGGCAUGGACAGAAAAUAGACCCCUCACAUCAUCGGAUUGAGAUGGCAGUCGAAAUAGCUUCAUUGAAGUGUCAGCACUCAUCCAUCAAUCAAUCAUCCACAAGGAAAAAUAGCGACAGUACAACGGGGCGGCUUUUACGGGAUUUACUCAUGGGCAUAGGGAAAAGCAGCUCAAAUGUAGUCCUGACAUGAAAAGCAAGGUGCUGAUAUUAUUUUUUAUGAUGGGAGGAUCAUAAAGUGAAUUGAGAACAGAGAGAUCUGUCUUUGCUUAACCUAUUCAACUGGAAAUGAACGGAGCUCAACUGGAAAUGAACGGAGACUUCAGAUGGGUUAAGACUGAAGCAUGCACUGUGCCAAGCCCUGUCCAUUGACAACAAAAUUCUAUUAAAGUGAAAUCAAUGCAUUAGCAUUGGGUUCCUCUGAAGCUGUUAAAUCGCACAGUCCAGAUCAGAGUUAUUAAAUGAAGUUAUGUAGUGUGGGGGAGGUGGGGUGGUCCCUCCAGUGUGAGUCCAGCACUACUAUCAAAUUCCACUUUGGGGAAACAUGGAUAUUUCCAGCACCAAGAAUUUUUCUCUUUCUUAAUAAAUAAAUAAAUAAAUAAAUAAAUUUUGUGACAUAAAAUACAUUAGCAAAUACUAGGGGCUGGGGUCUGAUCCUGUUCCCACAGCACUCAAUUGGCAAAACUCCUAUUGACUUCUGAUAGGCCUAAUCCUGCUCUACACUGAAGCCGGUGGAAAUUUUGCCAUUGAUUUCAAUGGACGCAGGCUCUAUAUGUGCAACAUUUUUGCUGCCUUUUUUUUUUUUUAAACAGCACAGCGGGCAAGAUUCUGUAAAGUGCUGAGGAGCUAAGCCCCUCCAUUCCAUCCAAGUCAAUGGGUGAUGAGGUGAUACUUGGGGAAUCAAGCCACAAUAUUUUGGGCUGUAGGGCCCUUUGGUUCACUCUUUAUUCACAGACCAGAUUCUGACACCCUGUUAGUGAGAUUAACCAUGAAGAUAUGGGUUCAUUUCUUCAAGAGGAAACUCUGUCUCUACAAUCUGUCAUGCCUGGACUACCCUCCUUCCCUCAAGCAGACCUUCUCCUUCAGCAGAGAGACAUGUAAAAUGAGGCAUUUGUAGCAACUGGGUAAUAGAACAUGCACUCUAAUAUGAAUUAUGCUGACACAUAAUCAUGUUGGGACCAGUGAGUGCAAACAGAGAUGAAAAGUUACCACUUUCUCUAGUGGAAGGUCUGUGCUCUCUUUUUUUACAGGGUGCGCUCUCUCCUUGUUUUAUUUAUUUCAUUUAUUUAUUUGGUAAAUAACAAGUUGUUGCAUGUAUGAAAAGAUUUCAAAAAUGCCUGUGGGGGCUAACGGGGUGGGGAGCAAGUUUACAAGAUUAGCGCCAUUGUUCCUCAGUGCAAGUUUACAAGAGCUUGAUGAUCAUAGAAUCAUAGAAUAUCAGGGUUGGAAGGGACCUCAGGAGGUCAUCUAGUCCAACCCUCUGCUCAAAAGCAGGACCAAUCCCCAAUUAAAUCAUCCCAGCCAGGGCUUUGUCAAGCCUGACUUUAAAAACUUCUAAGGAAGGAGAUUCCACCACCUCCCUAGGCAACGCAUUCCAGUGUUUCACCACCCUCCUAGUGAAAAAGUUUUUCCUAAUAUCCAGCCUAAAUCUCCCCCACUGCAACUUGAGACCAUUACUCCUUGUCCUGUCCUGAUGUCGCAGGGCUAGAUCUGUUGGACCAGAUUCUCAGCUAGGGUAAAUCUGCAUAGCUCCCUUAACUUUAACUGAACGAUGCCGAUUGACACCAGAAGAAGCUCUGGCCCAAAGAGCACAAGUAAAGGAUCGACACCAGCCUAGAGAACAGAGCCUGAUUUAUUCAAGAAAACUAGGUGCUGCAUGGUCAAGCGCUAGAACAACUACUUCAUUUAGAAUCUGGCCACAAACCUUUAUUCCGCCAUUCUAAACCUUAAUUAUUUUGCCUGCAUCACUGUCCUUUGGGAACAUUUUAGAUACACUUUUGAAUUAAGUGACUUUUUUUUUUUACAAGAGGAUAUAUAUAAAAAAGAAAAUAUACAUCUCUCUCUCUCUCUCUCUUUCUGUAUCUGAAGCAGGAUGAGUUGAUAGUUUAUCUGUCAUAUAAAUCAGGUAACACAGAAAAUCACUGCAUCUUUUCUCUGUCGCAUCUACUCAAUAGCUAUCGUUCUGACUUUAUUCUUAUUGGAGAUCAUCAAAACAUUAAUUAAAAACCUGGUGAUCAAACAGCCGAAUCUUUAUGAUUCAUGUCUCUGCUUAUUAACAAGUGGCAUAUUGGUACACCACAUAUCCAAGCUUCUUAUGCUUUUGCACUGCAAUAAAGCAUUAAGAAUUGUUACCCUUCUGUACGGCUCUGCAAGGUGUAUUUAGAAACCAUAGCCUCCUUUCUGCUACUGUACAUGUCUAAAUAAGCCAUUUCACCAUUUUUUAAAAUGAUUUUUAAAGGGGUGUGUGGAAUUAGCAACAGCUUAGAGCCUAAAAUAUGAGAAUUGAAAGUACUCAGCAAUUUUGUAAAUAAGGCCCUAAUUGUCCAGGCACCAGGGGGUUGUGUGGGAGUGGAGGGGAGGAUAUCUAGUUUUUAAAAAUGGCUAUCAUUAGUUCAAUUACAAUUUAAAAAAAAAAAAAACUUUGAAAAUCAGCUAACAUAUCCAGUAAUUACUUGUCAAUCCAACUUCAUAAGGAUUUUUAUUACCUACUUGUAAAAGUAGUUACAAGACUGACCUCACUGGCUCCUUUAGCGAUCAUGGAGGAUAUAACAAGUCAUUUUAAAAAUCAAUAAUUAUAUAUUAACGCAGUAAAGGGUGAAGUCCCAAGGAGUUUUUAGAAGUUAUUGUGUCAACUCUCACACAUUUAUAAGGCAAGGAUUAUUUUCUAGUGUUCUCUUUUUUUUCCCCCCAAUCAUUUUUAAUAAACUACAAUAAUAAAUAAAGUGCCAUAUUUAUUGGCAUAUAAACCAGGCUAUUUAUACCAAAGGUUCAUUUCCUAAUUUGCUUUAAGAAAUAAGGCUUAGGGGAGUGGAGAGUGGGGCUUUGGAAGAAAGCAGGGUGAGGUCUGGAAAGCCUUGUGAGGCUGAAGAAAAGGCCCUAUGAGGCCUGGGGCCUGAGGCAGUGCUUAAGUGAAAGUUGGGCACAGCUCAGAGGGGAUUUGGCUUAUGCCGGGCUCACCUGUUGUCGUUAGUUACUGAGGGCUCAAUCUGCCAGGUGCUGAGCAACACCUGAGUGGCCAAUGUUUUAGUGCACCAGCCAGAGUAGGAGCACAGUCUGGAAUGCUCAGUACCAUUUUUGUCAAUUUUUCCCAACUAGCUCAAGGCGCAGCCCUACCCAGCUGCAUGGAGGAAGGUUGGGGUGAAGAAAGAUCCCUGCCUCCUUACCCCCCGCGUGCCACCCUGCCUCUGACUGCAAAGUUCAUUGCAAAGGAUGCAAUUGUGCCCAGUAUAAAUAGAUCUCAGUAGCAUUUGUCUUUUGCCUUCACAAACAGAUGAAUGAUGCAAUUUAUAUUUAAAACUCCCUCAAUAAAGACAAUAUUAAUCACAGAUUCCAAAUCAAUACAACACAAUUACAAUAGGGUUUAAAGGCCAUCAGUCACCUUGCAGGGAAAUUGACAUAACCACCUCCUAAACAGGUAAAUUUAUAUGUUGAAAAGGUACUACUAGCAUGUGCCCCUAUACUUGCAAUGGCCCUACAUAUAACCUGACAUAUUAUUUCUGUUCCUUGAGACCAUGAGAUACAUAUUUAUGUGAGUGCAUAGCAACCCUGACCCACUGACCUCAGUUCUCUGUGCUUCUUAUUGCAGAGGACCUGUAGAUUAGUUUCUCUGUGGGUUUUGAAGAAAGCCAUAGUAAAUGCAGUGAGAUUCUGUUUCAGUGGGCAUAGCUUUCCUGAUGAGUACCUUUACCUCUCAGAAUUUUCUCCAUAAUUUGCAAUAGUUUAUUUUUUAAACAAAUGUGAAUUAUUUUCUGUUGAAAAAGUAUAGCAAGAUACUAACAUGCUCAUUUACUUUCCUUAGUGCACAUAGUUCUUCAAUAAUGUCUCUGAAAUAUUUUAGACAGAAAAUGAAAUCUGUAAACUCAGGCAGAUAUUAUCGAGUCCUUAUUUGUUUUGCAGAAAAAAAGAGAGAGGGUAAAAUUGCUGGAUUUUGAGAUGCAUGAAGUAUCUAAACAAUGAAAAAACAUGCACUUUAAGGUAGAUUUCAGUUUACAUUCCAUCAAACUAAGGGCCUGACCCAACAUCACUUGGAGUCAAUAGGAGUCUUUCCACUGAUUUUGAUGGGCACUGGAUCAGGCCUUUAAAGGAAUAACUCCAUAAAUAAACUCUUCCAGAUAGUUUUUAUUUCCUGUAAUAUUUGAUCUCAUUCAUGCACACAUAAUUUAGGAUUUGUCCUUACUCUAAUCCUCUUCAGUGGAGAAAGAAGGCUUUGGGUUGUUUUGUUUGGUUGGGUUUUGUUCUUUUAAAUAGGAUCAAUCAAAAUAAGUACAAUCAAAACCUUUGUGUGACUUAAUGUGCAACAAUUAUAAAAUCCCAGAGAGAAGCCCUAUAUCCACUGGGCUGAGAACUUCGUUUCAAAUAUUGUUUAGAAUCAGCUUAGUCUGAUUUGGUUUGAACAAAUUUCAACCAGCCAUGGUAGACAAGACCAAGCCAUAUUUCAAGCAACUUUUAAAAUUAUGGGGCAGAUUCUGAACUCAUUUACAUUAGUACAAAUCCAGAGUAACUUCUUUGAAGUCAAUAAAGUUAUUCUAGAUUUACAAGGGCAUAAGAUCAGAAUGCAGCUCCACUGUUUCUAAAUUUGUUUUUUUAACAUACUAAAUGGUAUUUAAAACACCGUCAGCAAAUGCAGUCCCCAGCCCAUGUCAGAUGGCAUCUAAGGCUUGGUUUACACUUAAAAAGUUUUACUGGCAUAGCUAUGUCAUUUAUUAAUAUGAUUUUUUUUCAUGAAAUAGUUAUAUCAGUAAAAGCCGUAGGAUAAAAAUAGCUAUAUGAGUACAGCUUAUUUUGCUUCGCUUACCUGGAAUAAACUAUCUUGGAAUAAGUACUUUUAUUCUCGUAUAACUGCAUCUACACUAGAGUUUGUUUUGUUUUGGUUUUUUUGCUGUUUUAACUUAAGCUGGCAAAACUUUUAAGUAUAGACAAAGCCUAAGGUAAAGAUGUUUUGUGUACCAAGUGUCUGUAUAGUAUUUUCUUUUGAGAGUAUUUUAAAAAGUGAAGUAGCUGUUCCACCAGACUUACCAAGAAUAAUAAACUCCAACUUCCACCUCAUCUUCAUUCUCAGCUGGUGAAAUGUCUUCAAGCCUUUGUAAAAUGCCCUGUUGGAUAAAACAGAUUAAAUACUAAUCCUAGCAGGUCACACGUUGCUUCUACUUGAGUUAGAUUAUCUACCUGUGCAGGCCUUCUUCCCCACCUGCCCACCCGUCCACCCCCCUUUUUUUUUAUUUUUAUUUUAUUUUAUUUUAUUUUGUUAGUACAGCUAAUAUCUUUCAUUAAACAUUCCAGAUGAGAUGGCAGGAAAAUGAUCAAUGUUUUGCUUUUAAAAAGAAUCAAAAAAAUUGUGCAAAAAUACGAAUAUAUUGCAAAGUGGUGACUGAUUUAUCUUGAAAUACAAAUCCACAGUUGGGUAUCAGCCCCAAGUGAAGAGUUGUAUUUACAGAACUUAAACAGCCAUGCAAUUAUGUCUCAGAUGUGAAAGAUUUGUAUGGUAACGUUUUCACGUACUAAAUGGUCCAUGUAACAUUCAGGAAUUACAUAUCUCUCUGUAGCUAUGUGAAUAUAAGCAGAUAGAUAUAGAUAGCUAUGUAGAUGUAGACAGAUAUCUAGAUAUAUAUGCAUAUACAUACAAUAUGCAUAUAUAUAAAAAGCAUGAACCAUUCUGUGGCUGAAGUAACAGCUGUACACUAUUUGCACUGAGCAAAAACAGCAGGAAUCUUCAGGGCAUACAAUGCAGUAUUUUGGCUUUAUAAUGCAGCAAAUGCUGGAAUGUGCAAUACAGGUUGCAAAAGCUGACAAGCUCAACAGUUUUUAUUUGGCUCAGGGUACUUAACUAUCAUAUAUCUCUGGUACAAUAUACCUUUUUGUCUAGUUCAUAGCCAUCACUUAUUAAUCCCAUCCUUUGUUUUUUUCCUAAUGUCUUGAAUAUGUCAGUGUGAAUCAUAAAUAUCCAUCCCUAUUUAAAAUAAUGGAGCACAGUUGGCCACCCCAGUAAAUUUGACAGUCAGCUAUUUCUUGCUCUGAGCAAACGCUUGUGGUGUUUAGUAAGUUUGCUAUUGGCAGCAUCUUCAGGUUACAUUCUUGACCAUAGGUGUUAGUUCUAGAAUUUUGUUUUAAAGGUUAAAAAUGCGUUAUCAAAAGCUCACUUCUCUUUGGUCAGACAAAAACCAAUGUAUAUACCUGUACUACAAAUCGCAAAAAGAAAAGUAAACAAUUUUUUAUAUUAACAAAGGAAAGAGGACUCCUUUCAAAGAGAAAUCACAGUGACUUUAUCUGUAGAAUGUUUUGGUGCUUGUGCACUCAUUUUGUAACAAGUGCAUGUUGUACAGAAUAUAUUGCCUGUAUACUUAGGGCAGGGGGAAGGGGGAGGGGGGCACAUCAAGCUGCUUUUCAUUGUGCACUGCAGCUUGGUUGGAUGGAAAGUUAAGCCUUUGAUGCAUUUUUAUACUGUACAUAUUUGUAUAUAUUAACUAUAUUGCCAUGUUAUGAACACAGAUUUUGUUAUAUUUGCUUGUUUCUGUUUCCUACAAAACUGGUCCAUUCUGGGGGAUAAUUUUUUUAAUCAAAAAUUUGCUUGUAAUUUGUUUUUGUUUUCCUUGGUCGUCAUCUUUUUAUGGUUUAUAAAGGAGUUAGGGUUGAGUUUACAGAUGAACUAUGAGAAGCAAGUCUGUGUUUGCAUGAGACCUGCCCAAUUGCUGGCUAUAGGGGAGGGGGGAAAAUCUAAGUCCAAAUUUUGCUUUUAAGGCAUGCCUAGUCCCAUACAUGUACAAUUAUUCUCUUUGUAUUGUAUCUAAUAGUGCCUGAAUUUUUUGCUUUAAAAAAGUCUUCUUAGAGGAACAAUUCAUAAUUGUCAAAAUUUGAAACAUUAGCUUAAUUUUGUUUUCAUGACCCCUCAUUUCUCCUCCUUAUUUAUUUUGUUGCUGUUAUAAUGGGCCCCAAGGCCAUUUCUGACAUUCCAGUGUUCUUCUUCCACAUUAAGGAUGUUUUUAAAAUUACUAAGAUUAUUGAGCCAAUAGGCUGUUUUAAUCAAAACCAUGUUUCACUUGGUUUUGAUGAUUAUGAAUGGUCUUUACAAUGAAAAAAAAAAAGAAUAAAAUAAAAAGAAAUCCUUUCUCCUAGGAGGAUUGUACCACCUAGUGGUCAAAAAGAUUCAUCACAGAUAUGCAUCUUCCCAAUAUUUCUGUCUUUCUCAAAUCCAAGGUUCUCAAAGGUGGCAAUUUUGCUUCACAUUAUUUGUCUAUUAUCAUUAACUUAAACUAAAUAACAAAUUGAAAAUGUUAAUGGCAUUUUUUUCUUUGGUUGAUUGCUAAAUAAAUUCAUAUAAUUUAUACUAGAGGAGAUUACUGCUUUUAUUGUUUUGGUGUCCCCAAAACCAAUUAUUAACAAUCAAGGUCUAUGUAUCUCAUUACAUUUAAAUCAGGUCAAACCUGUUUAUCCAAGGCCUUGUUUGAUUUACAAAAGAAUGGCUGUGUACUGGUACACUUAAGAUGUAUUUCUGUGUAUGAUUUUGCAGCAUUGAAAUCUCUCACCAAUGAUAUUUUGCUCUAUAAUUUUUAUCACUGCAAAUAAAAUCACUCCAGUUUUAGAACUGUAAUUAAAGUCCCAAAUAAUAGAUGAUGCAUCUUUAUCUGUUGUGUUUAAAAGAAAAAAAAUCCCAAACUGUUCAUAUAAUCCUGAAUGCCUCAUUUCCAUAAAAAAGGUUGCUAUACAUAUAUUAUUUACAUUUUUAAACAUGGUAAUUCUUUCCUUUGUGGCAGAAAAUGUCUCUUUCUCACUGCAGUUAUUGGAAAGCAACUGUUCACAUCUGAAACGUUAUCGUAAUUUGCAUCAGGAAACCGAACUACAGACAUUAAGGACUUGGGUGUGUUCAAUUAUGAUUUUGCUGGAGGCUGCCCCUCAUUUUAAUGCUGCACUCAUUGAACUACCUUUCUGAAAUCUAGCUGAUAUGGUUCACCAUAGACAUGCUUCACAACAUCAUUAGCUUUGCAAAUGGCUUCAUUUCAGUCAAUGCAGACUUCAGUUUUGGCCAAUUGUAAAAUGGAAAUUUAAAAAGGGAAAAAAACAGAUGCACUUAAAACAUGAAAAGAAUUAUUUAUAUGAUAAAAAUAUAUUUAGAUUUUCAAAGCACAAGACUGAACAGAAGUGCUCUUUUUAUGCUUUCUGAAGAUGUUACUGUUAAAAGUCUUUCUACAUCAGGCUUAAUAAAUCUGUAAUGACA